AUGCAUUACUGGAAGACCCUGCUCGUUCCCGGUGUGGCCGCGGCGGCCGUGCUCAAGAGGGACUCUCCAGACUACGACAAGCUUGCCGAUUGUCCCGGCUAUGCUGCCUCGAACGUCAAGACGACCGGCAACGGUUUGACUGCCGAGCUGAAGCUCGCUGGCCCGGCUUGUAACACGUACGGCACCGACCUCGAGGAGCUUACUCUGUCGGUCACCUACGAGAGCGAGUCCCGUAUUCACGUCAAGAUCCAGGACCCUGCGGACCAGGUUUACCAGGUCCCCGAGUCUGUCUUCCCCCGGCCCGACGAGGGCUCCUUCUCGGGUGACGCCAAGAUCAAGUUUGACUACACCGAGGAGCCCUUUGCCUUCACCAUCAAGAGGUCGGAUACGGAUGAGGUUCUCUUCGACACCUCGGCCGCCUCGAUCGUCUUCGAGUCGCAGUACCUCCGCCUGAGGACGAGCCUGCCCGAGGACCCUUACCUCUACGGCCUCGGCGAGCACACCGACCCCUUCCGCCUCAACACGACCAACUACAUCCGCACGCUGUGGAACCGUGACAGCUAUGGUGUUCCGUACGGCAGCAACCUGUACGGCAGCCACCCCUUCUACAUCGAGCAGCGCGAGACGGGCACCCACGGCGUCUUCCUCCUCAACUCGAACGGCAUGGACGUCAUGGUCAACAAGGACGACGCCGGUCAGUACCUCGAGUACAACACGCUCGGUGGCGUGCUCGACUUCUGGUUCCUCUCCGGUCCCUCGCCCGUCGACGUCGUCAAGCAGUACUCGGACAUUGUCGGUCUGCCCUCGCUCCAGCCCUACUGGGGUCUCGGCUUCCACCAGUGCCGCUACGGCUACCGCGACGCCUUUGACGUCGCCGAGGUCGUCUACAACUACAGCCAGGCCGGCAUCCCCCUCGAGACCAUGUGGACCGACAUUGACUACAUGGACGCCCGCAAGGUCUUCACCCUCGACCCCCGCCGCUACCCCAUCGAGAAGGUCCGCCAGAUCGUCGACUACCUCCACGAGCACGACCAGCACUACAUUGUCAUGGUCGACCCGGCCGUCGCCUACGAGGAGUCGGACAUUGUCAACCGCGGCCGUCGGGACGACAUUUGGCUGCAGCACCCCAACGGCUCCGAGUACCUCGGCGUCGUCUGGCCCGGCGUCACCAUCUUCCCUGAUUGGUUUGCCGAGAACAUCACCAAGUACUGGAACAACGAGUUUGACAUCUUCUUCGACAAGGAUACGGGUGUCGACAUUGACGGUCUGUGGAUCGACAUGAACGAGCCCGCCAACUUCUGCAACGGUCUCUGCGACGAUCCCUUUGGCGACGCCGUCGGCUACCCGCCCGAGCCCCCCGCCGUCCGCGAGAACCCCCGCGCCCUGCCCGGCUUCGGCUGUGAGUUCCAGCUCCCCGGUGCCUGCGACGGCAGCGCCGAGCGCCGCCAGAUCGAGGCCCACCCCGCCCGCCCCCGUGCCGCCGGCGCCGAGACGUCUUCGCUCGAGGUCCGCCAGACCGGCUCGGGCGACCGCAAGGGUCUCCCCGACCGCGACCUCCUGUACCCCAAGUACGCGAUCCACAACGACGCGGCGGGGCCCGACGUGUCGUGGAACGCGGACCGCGGCGGCCUCUCCUUUAAGACGGUCAAGACGGACAUUGCGCACCAGAACGGCCUCGUCAUGUACGACACGCACAACCUCUACGGCGCCAUGAUGGGGCAAGGCCACGUUCCCCCGGCGACGGGCAAAGCCGUGGGCCACUGGCUCGGCGACAACCUCUCGCAGUGGGACCACUACCGGUUCGCCAUCUACACGACCAUGACCUUCUCGGCGCUCUACCAGUUCCCCAUGGCCGGCUCGGACGUGUGCGGCUUCGGCGGCGAUGCCACCGAGCAGCUCUGCGCGCGCUGGGCCUCGCUCGGCGCCUUCUUCACCUUCUACCGCAACCACAACGGCAUCGACUCCAUCUCGCAGGAGUUCUACCGCUGGCCCGCCGUCGCCGAGUCGGCCCGCAAGGCCAUCGACAUCCGCUACCGCCUGCUCGACUACAUCUACACGGCCAUUUACAAGGCCACCGUCGACGGCAGCCCGACACUGAACCCCAUGUACUUUGUCUACCCCGAGGACCGCGCCACCUGGGCCCUGCAGCACCAGUUCUUCUACGGCGACGCCGUCCUCGUCGCCCCCGUCACCGAGCAGGACGCCACGAGCGUCGACGUCUACCUGCCCAAGGACACCUUCUACGACUGGUACACCCACCGCCCCGUCCGCGGCAAGGGCGCCCUGCACACCUUUGAGGACCAGGACGUCACCGACAUCCCGCUGCUCAUCCGCUCCGGCAAGAUCCUGCCGCUGCGCGUCGCCUCGGCCAACACGACGACGGCGCUGCGCCAGAACGACUUUGAGCUGCUCGUCACCCUCGACGUCGACGGCCAGGCCAGCGGCGCGCUGUACCUCGACGACGGCGUGUCGCUCGUCCAGCAGGGCCACACCCUCAUCGACUUUACCUUUGAGAACGGCGUGCUCUCCCUCGACGGCACCUUUGGCUACGAGGUCGACGUCAAGAUUGUCAAGGUCAAGGUCCUCGGCGCCUCGUGCCGCACCGGUGCGGGCAAGGAGGGCCGCGGCAGCAAGACGGUCAAGGUUGACCUGUCGCUGAACAAGGCGGGCUCCGUCAAGGUGUGGUGA